AUGUCUAACCCCCUACCGUCAGUGCCUCCCCUAAGGUCAGCCGCGAUCCCCGUAGAGGCGCCCUCGUCGACUUGGGAUCGCAUUUCCUCUUGGGUGUCAGAAAACAAGACUGUUAUCUACACCAUUGCUGGUGUUGCUGUAGUGGUCACUGGUGCUGGUGUCGUCUAUUACCUGAAUUCAGACUCGCAGAAAUCCACACCAGAAUCAUCCCCCAAGCUCAGCAAGAAGGAGAGGCGGAAGAGGAAAGAAGCCGAGCGCAAGGCUGCCGAGACCAACGAACCCGCCCCAAGUGCAUCGCAAGCCAAGAGCGUUGCCGUUGAGACUGAAGACGAAAUUCCCGAGAUGGACGAAACUACAGUCACCAAGUUAUCGCCUGAGCAGCGUGAGCGGUAUGCCGCCAAACUCAAACAGGCUGGCAACCGAGCCUACGGUGAUAAGGCAUACAACAAAGCCAUUGGUCUCUAUUCUCAAGCCAUUCUCUGCAAACCAGAUCCUGUCUUCUACUCCAAUCGUGCUGCCUGCUACAGUGCUAUGAGCGAGUGGGACAAGGUAGUCGAAGACACCACUGCUGCCAUUACUAUGGACCCCGAGUAUAUCAAGGCCAUCAACCGCCGAGCCACUGCUUACGAGCACCAGAAGAAGUACUCAGAGGCUCUCCUUGAUUUCACUGCAUCCUGCAUCAUUGACAACUUCAAGAGCGAGGCAACUGCCCACGCUGUCGAGCGACUUCUCAAGGUCUUUGCCGAGCACCGUGCCAAGGAGAUGAUCGCCUCUCGGCCUCCGAAGCUGCCCAGCCCUAUUUUCGUUGGCAAUUAUCUCCAGAGCUUCCGACACAAAGACCGCCCUGAGGGCUUGGAAGACUCAGUCGAAUUGGAUACUGGGUCCGGUAAGGGUCAGCUCCAGCUGGGUCUUCAGAGUCUGGAGAAGAAGACUGGUGAAGGGUAUGAUGAAGCAAGACGAGCUUUCGAGAAGGCUCUCGAGCUGGGCGAUUUGGGCGUGCACGAGGCCUUGGCCUACAACCUCCGAGGUACCAUGCGAACUUUGCUCGGAAAACACGCUGAAGCCACGGAAGAUUUUGACAAGAGCAUCGAGCUCGAUCCUAGCAUGAUUCAGAGUUACAUCAAGCGCGCCAGCAUUAGCUUAGAGCUUGGCGAGCCUCACAAGGCCGAUUCCGAGUUUGCCAAGGCCCUAGAGCAUAAUAAGAACGACCCUGACAUCUACUAUCACCGUGCUCAGGCCAGUUUUAUCAAGGGCGAUCUUGCCGAAGCUCAGAAGGACUACCAGAAAUCUAUUGAUCUGGACAAGGACUUUAUAUUCUCUCAUAUUCAGCUGGGUGUAACCCAAUACAAGAUGGGCUCUAUCGCCUCAUCCAUGGCCACUUUCCGCCGAUGCAUCAAGAACUUCCCCAAGGUGCCUGAUGUCUACAACUACUACGGCGAGCUGCUGCUAGACCAAAGCAACUUCUCCGAGGCUGUUGAGAAGUUCGACACCGCCAUGGAGAUGGAGAAGCAAACCAAGCCCAUGUCGAUGAAUGUCUUGCCCCUGAUCAACAAAGCCCUCGCCCUGUUCCAGUGGAAGCAGGACUUCAAGGAGGCCGAGCAGCUAUGCCAGAAGGCUUUGAUCAUCGAUCCCGAGUGCGACAUUGCGGUUGCCACUAUGGCCCAGCUCCUUCUUCAGCAGAACAAGGUCACCGAGGCCCUCGCAUACUUUGAGCGUGCCGCCGAACUCGCCCGCACCGAGGGCGAGAUCGUCAACGCCCUGUCCUAUGCCGAAGCUACCCGGACACAAGUCCAGGUCACUGAGAAGUACCCAAAGCUAGCAGCGAAGCUGGCUGGUGGCGGCGGCCCCCCCGGUCUCGGCAUGGGCCGAUAA